AUGAAUCAACACCGCCUGGCUCAGCGCCUUGGCGCGCUGUCCACAGCAUCCUUCUGCCGAGACCAUAAUUCCAUCCUACUCAACAGUCUUGCCCACAGCAAGAACAUCAACUUCUCUUACACCAAGUCCGAGGCGACCUCCAGCACAGAUGCGCCAAUUGCUCAUCAAGCAGGCGUCAAUUGUUUGACGAUUGACCAAAAUGAAGGUCGCUAUUUGAUUUCUGGCGGUGCCGACUCCGCAAUCCGUCUCUGGGACCUCGAGGAGGCUCAAGGGUCCUCAUCCACAUAUACCCCACUGGCCACUCUCCUUCGUGGUGCGUCCUCAUCACAUACACACUCACUCACCUCUCUCUCUAUCUACCCUUUUGAUCCUACGCCGACCACCCUUGUAAGCACAAGUUACGACAAGACGCUCAAACUCACCACCAUCACGCCCAACAGCCUAACUCCAGUCCACACCUUUGACCUAGACUUUAUACCCUACACGCACGCACUUUCACCCCUCCCCGAUUCAUCACCAUUGAUAGCCGUGGGCACUGCACACCCAGCCAUCCGUCUCCUUGACCUUCGCUCUGGCCUGAGCACGCACUCUCUAUCUGGACCCAACGGCGCAAUCUAUUCCUUAUGCUGGUCACCACGGGCCUCGCACGUUCUCUGCUCCGGCAGCACCGACGGCAAAGUUUUGUUUUUUGACAUUCGCCGCGCCAACGCAUCAUUCGCCUCGCUGGACCUCGACGAUGCAGUUGGCGUCAUAGGCGAGAUUCCAUCUACCGGUCUAGGUGCACGUCCGAGUAAUCUCCAUAUUGACUUCAAUGCUGUGGCCCACAAUGGCCCAGUGACAAGUAUUCAGUGGACGCCGAGCGGCGACAAGCUGGUCACGGCCGGUCACGACCAAAGAAUACGUGUCUGGGACGCAGCAAGCGGUAGAAACGACCUGGUACAUUUUGGCCCGAGAAUACGCAACGAGCGGCAAGGUGAGCUGAAGGCCUUGAUCUCGCCGCCGGGCACGUGUCUGCCUGGACGCGAGAGCCUGUUUUGGCCGAACGACGACGGCCGUGGUAUGAUCUUCCAGCACCAUCUGCGAGAGGGCAACAUGCUUAGAAUCUUGCGCACCGAGGGCGUGAAGAUCGCCGAAGUGCAAGCUUCCAACAAGCGUAACAGGACCGGUGCCGGGGGAGGAGGACGAGGUGUUGGGUCAAGCAAUGUGUCUAGAUUGACGAGUGGAGGGCGGAUCAACAGCAUGGUGUGGCGCGUCGGAGCACCGCUAGGCGAAGGGAUAGAGAUGUACACCGCACACGGCGACGGACGGAUCUGUGCGUGGCAACCUAUUGCGAAAGACGCCGACGAUGAAGAAGUUGAUGUUGACGUGGGAGCUGGGUCUAAGAAGCCAGCCAUAUGGACUGCUGCUGGCAAUGUUAGUGACGAUGUCGACGGAGCGGUCGACGAGGCCGAGAGAAGGCGAAAAAGGAAGAGAGAUCUUCUUGGAGAUCUUGUUCAAGGAUUGGCGAAAAAACCUAUGCCUCUUUGA